GUUACCAAACCGCUCUGCCAGUCCAUCUUGGCUGCCUGGGUGUACUGCGAGAUAACCGUUCUCUCGGAACCAGGGAGCCCCUUUAUGUGUGAUUCCUACUUCGCUUUACGACGUUUAGAGAUGCGGUGACUUAACGCUCCACGGAACAGCUGGCGUUGUCCGUCAUGGACGAUUAUCCCGACGACUACGUUGUCCACAAUCUGCCCCUUGUCCUACUCUCUGGCCUGGGAGCGGAAUCCAAGGAUGAGCCGGGCUUACCUGCUCACUGUGCUGAAUACCCAUUUUUCUACGAGAAGGGCGUUCAGCUGCAAUCAGACCUUCCACCAUUGACGGGAGAUGUUGCAGAAGAAUUGCGGAAAUUGUUAUUAGAGAAGGAUGCAUCCCAGGAUCCUUGGAACUCCGGGAAUGAUGCGCAUGGAAGACCAGCUGGUGUCGGGUUCAAAAUCAAAAGCGUUGGACGGGUAGGUCAGCAGUAACAUCAAGGACUGCUUGCUCUCUUUCAGCUCCGAAACUGCAUGAUAUCCUGAACGGAGACAUCCACUUCUCCAAUUUUUGUGAACUCCUCUUGGGCAUUCUGUCUAUUAAUUUUCUAUCGUACUUGGUAAUCUGUGUAUGCUAAUCCCUACAUAGUCAUACAGACUUCCUCCUCGAAAAGCAGACCCGCCGCCUUCAUUCCCAACUGGCCCAUCAGUCGACGAUGCGCUUCCUCCAGGAUCCUCCUAUGUUCUACACUCGCCAAUCUCACCUCUCACACCAAAAUCCCCGACUUUUCCAGACGGCUUACUCACUCCAUUGUGGGUUACAAAGCACCAGAACCUGGUCCCCGCCGCCGUUAUCAACUUCUUCCCCUUUACAUUAGAUCGUAAAAUGAGUUCCCUUGGUGACAAUCAACUCAAAAUAGAAAUUAAUGGUCUCAAAAGAGCAUGGUCAUCUUCCGGAUACAAGACUCGCUUUCUGAUCGUUCUCUUAUCUGAAAACGGAGAGAGUCCCUACCUGGGGGACACCGAUGAUCGCAUAGCCAGCAUUCGGAGAGUGACAAACUUAGACCAGAGAUCGAUAUUCCUUCUUCCUUCAGACGUAACUUCGGUGGAAUUAAAAGAAUUUACGAACUCGAUUCUGUCCAUGCUACAGCCCUCUGUUGUUGAAUAUUAUCGGGAUUUAUCCAAGCACGCGAGACGGAAGAGAAACAGAAGCACCAUUCCUCCGCCUACAGCACCUCCAACUACUGGAACAUCUCGAACGCUAUUACUACAUGACUGGAAUGUGCGUUAUGAAUACAAACUUGGCAUAUUUGCCGAAUUUCGCCAAGAGAUGGAUGCAGCUUGCAGGAACUAUGAAAGUGCAUACGAAACCUUGUUUGGGCAGGAAGUUUUUGAGAAUAUUGCAGGCUGGAGUCCAAGAUUUAAUGAUGCGCGCCUUUUAGCUGAUACCCUUGCUAUACGCAUAAUCCGUUGCCUGCUCUGGACUGGACAGACUACUGCUGCAGUGCGUAUAUGGACCGGCCAUAGAACUCGCUGCCAAGGUAUCGUUAACCGGCGGGGUAAGGGAACAAACAAUUACGGUUGGGAGGCAUGGGAAUCACGAUGGUCCAUGGUUAUGUCCCAACUUUUACGCCGUGCUGAGAUACCUAUCCUAUCCCAUUCCAUAUUUGUGCCACCCGAAAAAACGCUUCCUUCAGGGGAUAUAACCUAUCCGUGGGAGCAACUUCACCAUGAGGGGUAUUGGUUGUAUCGCUCAGCGAAGCAUACUAUGCUCAGACGUGAGCUAGCUCAGCAGAUUCCGGAAGAAGAUCGAGCACUGCUUGGACAAUAUUCAACCUCCCAGAUUGCAAGCCGAUCCUACUUGUAUGAUACGUAUCUUGCUCCUGAGGUGCACAUUGAAGCUCCUCUGCCGGGGAAAAGCAGCUUUGAUCAUUCUCGGUUAAUUCUAAGUACAUUGCAUGCCGCAUUAGAGGAAUUUUCGAAGCAUUACCAAACCCGGAAGGUAGAGAGCUUGAGCCUGGAAAUAGCGGAGGAAUAUAUGCGAAUCGGCUCAUGGACCGAAGCGUAUGAAAUACUGCGGCCAUUGUGGCCGACUCUUAGUUGGCGGCAUUCUGGCUGGUGGCAGCUGAUGGAGAAAUUCGGGUGGGCCUUGAGAGAAUGCGCUCUGCGAGUGCAUGAUAGUGAAACAGUUAUACGGAUUGAUUGGGAACUAUUCAACAAGGUCUUCCAAAGGCGAAGUGGUUGGAACUAUGAUCUGCACAAGAGUCUUGAGAGCCUUCCAUUGGAGAAGCCCAAGCCCUCUAUAGUGCUUAGAGCGGAAGAUGUUGUAACAUGUCUGAUGGGUUCGGUGGUUUUCGAAAAGUCCGGGGGAAAUGUUGGCGAACCUCUACGGUUACAACUCGCCAUUUCCUCGUUUGCCCAGGCAUCCUCGAAUCCCAUAGAACUAUCCGAGGUUAAGAUAGUUUUCGAAGGAUGCCUUAGCCCAGUGAAGCUUCUCUUUGGCGAAAACGCUGCAGCCGAUACAGCAACCCCUUGCAGCAUAUCCUCGCUUUCACUUCACGAACCCAGCUCUUCAGCAGAUCCGUCGUCGCUUCAAUCGCCUACUAGUGGGCUAUCCCCACUGGUCGGGAUUACAGACCUGACAAUCGGACCUUCGCAAACCAAAGUGAUAAAUCUGACAUGCAUUCCUCGAGAAGCCGGUGAAGCUAGGGUUGCCUCGAUCACGAUGAUGCUAGAAGAAGAAAAGUUCGAUUUAUUUUUUGCCAUAACAAACCAAAUACCCCCUCAGUCAUUUUGGUGGCAACAAACUGAGCGGGGAGCAUCCCGAAAAAGGAUAGGUAAGGGCCGGGAUACCACGAAAUGCAAGAUUUUGCCUAAGCCGCCGAAGAUCCGUAUAUCAACACCGAAUCUUAGAGAGCACUACUAUACCAACGAGCGAGUAAUACUUGACAUCGGUAUUCAUAAUGAUGAAAAUGAGCCCGCUGAUAUCUCAGCAGAAAUAAGACUAUUUGGCCAUCCGGAUGCGGGGGCAAAGAUCCUUUGGCUUGACAAGGAAGGAAAUCAUGGAAUGCAUGAUGCGGCAGAUAGUUCCAUUGUCGAGGAAACUUCUCAUUUCCUACGACGGCCAGUCGGGGUUCUGGACCGCGCCUCAGAGAAAACACUGACAGCAAUUCUGACAAACACCGUUGAUGCCUCAGACUACGAGCUUGAGAUAACUGCAUCAUAUCAUCUGAUAUCCGAUAUCCAAACGCCAAUAAUAAAGACUGUUACUGUGGACCUAUCGUUUAUAAGGCCCUUCGAAGCAAACUAUGACUUCCUCGCUCGCUCUCAUCCACAACCAUGGCCGGAUUUCUUUCACGUCGAUGAAGGACUACUCACCUGUGUCUCUGAGCCGAAGCCUGGGGGACUCUGGCAGAGAUGGUGUCUGAACUCGAAGGUGGUCUCUUUUGCCUUGGAGCCCCUUACAAUUGAGGAGAUGUCUCUUGUUCUCCUUGAACUUCGGGGGGGCGCAGUCUGCAACAUAAAGCAAGAGGGUGCCUUUAUUCCUCAGGAGAUCUCCCCAGAGGGGCUUCUCGAAUCAAAUUUCAUCAUUGAUGUUCAGAAGCUAAAUUUGGGGGACCGGCAACCAACAACGUUAGAUCUCGCACUAGACAUCAGGUGGCGCCGGAGAGCCGAUAGUGAUCCCGGCACAACAUUUACUCUCGCUAUUCCUCGUUUUCUUGUACCGAUGGGUGAGCCUCGUGUUCUUGCCUCGGCUGCUAACUCUCAAGUCCUACCUGGGCUGAUUCACCUCGACUACACGCUAGAGAACCCGUCAAUGCACUUCCUCACAUUUAAUCUUACUAUGGAAGCAAGCGAGCAGUUUGCGUUUAGUGGUCCUAAGACCACUGUUAUUCAACUGGUGCCUCUGAGCAGACAUACUGUUCGCUAUAACCUUUUAGCCUCGCAGCGAGGCUUAUGGAUCCAUCCGCAGCUUGUUGUGGUAGAUACUUUCUUCAACAAGACUCUCCGAGUUCAUCCCACCGAGGAAAUGCGGUCGAACAGGAAAGGAAUUCUAGUAUGGGUUGAUGCUGAUUAGAUACCCGUAACUUCACAUCUAUUCUCUCUAUCCUUUGAAGCAUGACUAUCGAUUUUAAACUAUGAUGAAUGGUGGUUGGAAACUGCUGAGUUCAAUUAGCGUCGUGCAUUGAAUAUACAGAUCCAUUGUGUUUGGGUAUCUUAUGCCGUUUCUUGCCUCGGAAGUAAUUUAUAUACCAUGCGCA